AUGACAUCACUCGACGGCAUACCUCAAGAGCUCAAGAGCAUCGUGCCCUACUUGAGCAAAGCCAACGAGAUCCACUCGUUUGAUCCCGUGAUCGCCUACUGGUGUCGCACGCAUGCACUCGAUCUGGCCAUCAAGCUCAACGUCUCCAGAGCAGCCCAGGCUUCACUGGAACCUAUCCUCGACCAGCUAGAACAGGCAAGGUCGAGCCUGGCAGACAAUGAAGCCAUCACAAACGAUGUAGCUGCACAAGCCUAUGUGGAGAACUUUGGUCUCGACGUCUUUGACAAGGCAGACAAGGAGGAUCGCGCAGGGAGAGCCAACAAGGAGACUUCAAAGAAAUUCCUGGCUGCAAAGAUCUUCCUCGAAGUCCUCGCUACCUUUGGACCUCUUGACUCGGAAAUUCAGGCAAAGGUCAAGUAUGCGAGGUGGAAAGCGACGGACAUCAUCAAAGCGCUCAAGGCGGGCAAAGUCCCCCUCGCGGGCCCUGCGUACUCCUCGGAGGAAACCGCACAGAACGUACAGCCAGAUGUGGCCAUGGUCACAGAGGAUGAGAUAGAUGCGACGGUGCAAGACGUCCUUACCCAAGAUAUCGACACGCCGGAUAACACACGCGUAUCGACUUCGUCUGCGGACGCUCUCACAGGCUCAGAAGCACUAUCUAUGAAAGUCGUCGCGGAUCCACCUACAAUACCCGCCCGAUCAGACUCCAUCCCCUCAAAGCCAGCAGAUGUGACUCCAAUCGAUCUCACCCAACCGGAAAUGCCGAGCGCGCCGGCUGCGAGGACAUUACCCUCUGCGCCUAUGUUCCCGACAUUACCCACAGCGAGCAUGCCAAGCGCUCCUCCCCCAGCGCCCAAACCUGCACCUCGAGCUACACCUGCAAGGAUAGUGGCUCAGCCUGUGCAAGCUGGAGGGCCGACAGAUCCAAAGGCAAUCGGGCAGGCACAGAAACAUGCAAAAUGGGCCAUCUCUGCACUGGACUAUGAAGACUUUGCCACUGCUAGGACGCAAUUACAAGCUGCUCUCAGACUCAUCACGCCUGUCACGAUCGAUCUCGACUGA